AUGCUCGCUUGCAGGGUCAAGAACGACGAAGAAGAAACGGUGUCUUUGUGGGGAAUCCCACUGAUUACCAACACAUCAGAAGCAGAUGUAAUCCUCUGCAAUUUCCUGAAAGCAACAGAGUUUAGUGUCCAAGAUUCUUAUAACAUGCUCAUCGAUUGUCGUUCUUGGCGCAAAGCCUACUUUGGACAAGUAGACAUUCUUGAACAACAAUUUCCCGAGUUCAAACAACUUGAAAAUAUUGCCAUUUACAUUCAUGGUGUUGACAGACAAGGCCACCGGGUUUACUACAAUGAUUAUCGUACCUUGAAUGAACAUUUGAACCAUAAAAUACUUGGAACUGAUGAAAAGAUUGACAAGUUCAAUAAAUGGAGAUUGCAAGUACUUGAGAGGGGAAUCAGGAUGCACCCUGGACGGAUUAACUCUGUUGUAGCCGCUUACGAUUUUACACAAGAGCCGAUAGAUGAGCUUAUGGCUGCUGAUGAUCUUUUCUACGAAAUCUUACUAGAUAAUUACCCCGGAAUGAUAUCCAUUAAUGAUCCUUGGUACGUUAGCGUGAAUCUCUCGAUUAAGAGACUACUUUACCCCAACAUAGAAUAUAGUGAGCUGGGUAAAUUUGUCCUUGUCAAGCGAGGACAGGUCUUUGAAACACUCUGCAAGUACAUAAAGCCGGAGCAUAUACCAAUACAAUAUGGUGGUCUGUUGGAUGGAGGAGAGCUCAACAAUCAUCGAGUUUUUGGCAUCACUGGCAAAGGUGGAGACACAGGAAACGAGGUAAAUUUAUAA